AUGAUUUUUCUAUCAAUUAUUUUAUUUAUUUUCGCAUUUUCCGAAGCGCAAAAUGUUUGCCAAACAGAAGAAUGUCGAAAAUUGGGAAAAACUAUAUAUUCUUCUAUGAAUGUAUCAGUGAAUCCAUGUGAUGAUUUUUAUGAGUUUGUUUGUGGAAAUGGAAAAUAUGAUCAAGCAGAUUUUAUGUCAGAACUUUUUGUGGAUGAUUUUAAAGAACUUAUGAGAAUUCUGAAAACUCACAAGCCUGAAACAAGCAAUCAAAAAGUGGCUUCAGAAGUUUUUCAAAAGUGUGUCAUCGAUAAAAAUGAGAAUCUCGAUAAGUUUAUGGCUGAUUUUUGGAAUGACGAGAAGAAUGAUUUGACAACACUGAUCACCGAGGCCACAAAAGUUAACUUGAAAGAUAAUGGUUUGUUGAACUUCGAACUAGAUUUCACGGAGAUUGAUGGAAUACGGAAAAUGCGAGUACUUAUUGGUUCAAACUAUGGCGUAAGAGAUGUAGGUUUCCGACUUCAAAAAAAAAUUUUUUAUAGAAAGCAACUGGUCAAUUUUUGUCUAUCAAAGAAGAUGCUGUCAAAAAAAUUGAAUCUAUAAAUCUGACCGAGUUUUCUUACCAACUUCUUCCUGAAGAAUAUCGAAGAUAUGGCGCGUUGGAUGACAUUAUCUAUAUUGAAACAAAUGUUUUCGAUCUCGACGAUAUUAUCAAAUACAAAGGUGUUGGAGAAAUUCGAAACAAUAUUCACGCCGCGUGGAUGAAAGGAAUGUUGAAAAAUUAUGUCAAAACUCAUACUUCAAAUGAUUGUAUAAAUGAAAACGUUUUGAAGUUGUUCCCAGCAACAAUGGGAAUGAUUUUGAUUGAAAAAUCAACGCGUCUUCAACUAAAUAUUGAAAAGGGCAAUGAGCUUUUUGAGAAAGUUCAACAAAUAGCAAGAGAAAUUAUUUUGGAGAAUGAAUGGAUUGAUGAACCUAUGAAAAAAACAAUGGUUGAAAAAUUACAGACAGUCAAGAAAUUUAUUGGUAUCCCGGAUAUUCAUCAAAAUCAAUCUGCUCUUGAUGCAAUGUACAAUCGUGUUUCAGCAAAGAAAAGUUUAGAAAAACAAUCAUAUUUUGAAUUACUUCGGAAUGUAAAUCAUAUGAAUAUAGAAGAGAGCUUUUUGAGGUGGUCAAAUUCGCAAACAAUGACAUACACCGAAUCUCCAAUUGAACCCAAUGCUAAUUACAAUCCAUGGUCUCAUGGAAUAAGUAAGUUAAUUUAAAAGUUUAUAAGGUAUAGUAAACUGUUUGAACAGCUAUCAGCACCACAUUUCUCAAAUAUCCCUUUCUCAAUGUGAAUUUGCCUGAAUGGUCGGAAAUAGCAUCUGCUGCUUCUGUUAUCGCCCAUGAGGUUACACAUAUGUUUGGGCCAUAUAAUAUCAAGUAUGAUGCACAUGCUAAUCAGCAAAACUUGAGUGAAACAUUCCAAACAAAUUAUAACAAAGCGACUAAAUGUCUUAUCGACCAGUAUGGAAAUUUCCAAUAUCCCGGAUUUGAAACAUAUGUGAGUCAACUUCUCUUGUCAACAAUUAAUUUCACUUUGAUUUUUUGCAGCUCAAUGGAACUCAAACAGUUUCUGAAAACUUUGCAGACAUCCUUGGCACUAAAAUCAUUGACCGAAUCUUUAAAGAAUAUCAAGAAACCGAGCAAAAUCCCCAACUUUUACCAAUUCCUGGAAACUACACUUUGGAGAAACAAUUUUUCCAAAGAGUUGCUCAAAGUUGGUGUGAAAAUGAUGUGACUCUGAAAACAAUUGAGAAAUUUCAAACUGAUCCACAUAGUCCAGGAAUAUUCCGUGUACGAGGAAUGAUCAUGAAUUCACCUCAUUUUGGUAAAGUUUUUGGAUGUCCGGUCGGAAGUCCGAUGAACCCUGAACACAAGUGUGAAGUUUUCUAA